UCUUUCUGCUUCAUUUAUGUCACAACACUUUUUUCAUUUUCUUAAUACUCACAUAAAUGGUGCUCAAAUUGGAAUUGGUGAACGUACCUUCCCUGCUCAUGACUCAUGACCAAGCUUAAAGCUCACAUACGGAGACCACCAUCCACCACCAGUAACACCACCAUCAGCACCACUAAGUCCUAUAAUUCAACCAUAAACCGCCUCUCUUCGGAGGGUUUUCACCGUAAUGUACUCUCCACCUUUUUUUCUAUGGUCAAUAGCAACACUACUCCUGAUGCUCACACUUACCCUUCUCUUCUCAAAUCCUGCACUUACCUCAACAGAUUUUUACUUGGGAUUUCGCUACAUCAACGUGUAAUCAUUGAUGGGUAUUUUUCAGAUUCUUACAUUUCGUCUUCUUUGAUCAAUUUCUACGCAAAAUUUGGUCGGAUCAAGAGUGCACAGAAUGUGUUUGAUUUAAUGCCUGAGAGAAAUGUAGUUCCUUGGACUGCUAUGAUAGGGUGUUACACGCGUUAUGGAAAUGUGGAGAGGGCUAUUAAUAUGUAUAACUUGAUGCGGUAUGAGGGAAUUCAACCUAGCUCUGUUACUAUGUUAAAUAUCUUAUCUGGGGUUAGUGAGAUUUCACUGUUGGAGUGUUUACAUGCUAGUGUAAUUCAGUUUGGUUUAAGUUCUGAUCUUAAUUUGGUUAACUGUAUGCUUAACUUUUAUGGUAAAUGUGGGAGAGUUGAAGCUGCAAGGGACUUAUUCGAAGCAAUGUGUGAGAAGGAUAUUGUUUCAUGUAAUUCAUUGAUUUCGGGUUACGUUCAAAUAGGGAACUUUAAGGAAAUUUUGCAACUUUUGAAGAAGAUGAGGAGUGAAGGUAUUAGCCCUGAUCAACAGACAUUCGGGACUCUAUUGAUGGCCCCAGAGACUUUGCGAACUGAUGUUAAUCUGGGAAGACUGAUUCAUGGGCAGAUUAUAACCUGUGGAGUGAAAGUGGAUGCACAUUUGGCAACUUCACUAGUGGUCUUGUACUCUAAAUAUGGAAACGUCUGCAGCGCGUUCAGAAUAUUUGAAAGUGUUCCGGAGAAGGAUGUAAUUCUCUGGACAUCAAUGAUAGCUUGCUUUGUACAGAAUGAUAGUGCAUAUAACGCGUUGAUGACCUUUCGACAUAUGCUGGAUGUGUGUAUUACACCCUCUACUUCCACAAUAGCUACUGUUCUUGCUGCUUGUGCAAAAAUUAGUUCAAUUCUUCUUGGUACAUCAGUACAUGGGUACCUACUUCGUCAAAGAAUAAGUGUAGAUAUUCCUGUUCAAAAUUCACUUAUUACUAUGUAUGGAAAGAGUGGUCUUUUAAGGCAAAGUUAUGCCAUAUUCGACAAUAUGACUGAGAAAGACAUAGUUUCAUGGAAUGCUAUUGUUGCAGCAUAUGCCCAGAAUGGUGAUUUAUGGAAGGCUUUGUGCUUGCUUAAUGAGAUGAGAUCAAUGCUCCAACAACCUGAAUCUAUUACCAUUGUUUCCCUGCUGCAAGCUUGUGCUUCUAGUGGGGCACUCCAACAAGGGAAAUGGAUUCACAAUUUUGUCAUUAGAAGCUUUUCUCAGCCAAGCAUCAUGGUUGAUACAGCUCUAGUUGACAUGUAUUCCAAAUGUGGUGACCUAAAAACAGCUCACAAGUGGUUUAAUCAGAUGCCAAAGCACGAUAUUGUCUCUUGGAGCACAAUUAUCACAGGAUAUGGCAGUCAUGGAAAAGGGGGAAUGGCUUUAAAGUUGUAUUCAGAUUUUUUACUCUCGGGGAUUCAACCCAACCAUGUUAUCCUCCUUUCUGUCCUCUUCUCUUGCAGCCACAAUGGGUUGGUAUCUGAAGGUCUCAACUUAUUCAAAUCUAUGACUGAAGAUUUUGGAAUUAAACCAGAAUUGGAGCACCGUGCUUGCAUUGUUGAUCUGCUCUGUCGAGCUGGGAGGCUUGGAGAGGCGUAUGAAUUUAUAAAGACAAAGUUCUCCAAUCCUACGAUAGAUGUUUUAGGCAUACUUCUUGAUGCAUGUCGGAUGAAGGGUGAUGCUAAACUUGGAGAAAUUGUUGCAAGAAAUAUCAUGAUGCUCAAACCUGUUUGUGCUGAAAAUUAUGUGCAAUUAGCUCACAAUUUUGCUUCAAUGAAUAGAUGGGAAGGAGUGAAUGAUGUAUGGAUCCAAAUGAAGGCACUUGGACUUAAAAAACUCCCAGGUUGGAGUUAUAUUCAGCAACAGGGGGAGAUUACCACAUUUUUUAAUGGACAGAGCGAUCAUCCUCUUAAUGCAGAAAUGAUGUGGGUCUUGGAAAUUCUGGGUUAUCAAAUGGAUGACCUGAGUGGCACUGAUCUGAACGGUAUUUUCUAUGAAAUUGAUGUUUCAAUGACAUGAGAGUGUUUUCAGUAAUUUGGCUGAUUAUUCGUUGGCGAAUUUUUAGUAUCUUUUUUUGGCCUUUCUUCAGCCUGAAGAAGCAUUCUCCAGCUGCUAUCUGGUACACUUAACUGAAUUUGGUGUGCAUACCUGCAUAACAAAGCGAAUGAUGUGAGGUCCUCUAAUGACGAGUUUUCCACACUGAUUUAACUUAUGGAUGAUGAUAUUAAGCGCAUAUUCAGAGUUAGCAAUUCGGGUUGAUGAUCUGGGUUUGAUUUCAGGUUAAUUAUUUGUCAAAUUAUGACAAUUGGGUUGAAUUCGGGUUGUUUGUGUUCGAUUCAGGUUCAGUCGAGUUAGAUAUUGACAGCUCUACGCCAUAUGUAUUCGUGUUUUACAAUACUAUAAACUUGAACGUUAUAAAAAGCCAAUGGUUGACGAAGUAUUAUGUCAAUCUUUUAAUUCUAGGGCAAUGCAUACGAAUCCAUUGUGAAGGGCAUAUGUUGGAGUGGCUUGAGUUAAUUGGAAGGAAACACUUGUGAACUGCUCUUCCUUUGAUCCCAAAAGCUUGUGAUGAACAAAGCAAAGUUUCAAGCCUUUUUCCUCUUCUUUAUUUUAAACAUCAUCAGAAGUUUGUUGUUUGGAGAGUAAGAAUAUGUGCAUAAUGGUGAUCUGCGAGGGAUGAUAAACCUAAAACUGUUAGAUGCAUCCAAAGAAAUACGGAUAGUGUUUGUGUAGGCAAAAUAUUAUUUGUCUUAUUUGUCUUGUUAUACUAGGAUUUCUCUUUUUCGCCUUAUUUGUCUUGUUAUACUAGGAUUCUUUAUAAAUUAUUUAUUUCUUAAUAGAUUGAUAAUUGUAUUAUGAAGAUAGAAAAUUAUUAGUAUGAUUAUGUCUAGUCAGAUUAGAUCUUGUUAUAUGGUAAUUCUACUUGGGAUAUAUAUAAAGGGGUGAUUGGAAUCA